AGUUGUGUCAAGAAGUCAGGUAAGGCUUAAGAGUAGGUUUUUAGUCUUUGUUUUGAAAAAAUAGCAUCUAUAGCAUGUAUGAUAACAGAUGAGACAUUAUUUUAUAGUUAUACUAAAGAAAAACUAAUUGAGUUUAUUUCUGCCACUUCAAAUUGGCAUAAGCUCAUUUAGAGAAAAGAAAUCUUUUUAAGCCUGCAAUUCUGUAGUUUUCUUUUUUUUCUUUUGGGUUAUAACUUUUCAAAAAUAAUGAUUUACUUUGUCUAGCAUUAUUUCAUCAGUAUUCUAAAUCAUUUUCCCCAGAAUGUCAAACUUUGAACAAUUUCAUUCAGACUUUUACCAGUCCAGCUAUACCAUUGAUAAUCAAGAACCAGGAUACAAUCAUUCUGAGGCCAAUGAAAAUCUUUAUGGAAACAGAAAGUACCAAAUAGAUGAGUUGCCUCAACCUGCUGCAUUUGUUCCUUCAGAAAUAAUUCCAUCUUUUCAAAAUUACACAGGCCAGAUUUUGCAGCCAACCUACAAUCCAGAGUUUUUAUCGCAUUCUAAUUCUUCUGGCAGUUUUGAUGAAGAACCGCCUUUGUUAGAAGAACUUGGGAUCAAUUUUGAUCAUAUAUGGCAAAAAACACUAACUGUCCUAAACCCAAUGAAACCAGCAGAUGGCAGCAUUAUGAAUGAGACAGAUGUGACUGGGCCUACAGUUUUCUGUUUGGCUCUUGGUGCUACACUGCUACUGGCAGGAAAAGCUCACUUUGGCUAUGUGUUUGGUAUGAGUGCUAUCGGAUGCCAAGGAAUACAUGCUUUAUUGAACCUGAUGAGCCUAGCAGGAGUCUCAUAUGGCUGUGUUGUAAGUGUAUUGGGCUACUGCUUGCUACCCAUGGUGAUUCUGUCCAGCUGUGCAAUCUUCUUCUCACUACAGGGGAUACUAGGAACAUUGCUAGCUCUGAUUAUUGUUGGAUGGUGCAGUCUUUCAGCUUCCAAAAUUUUUACAUCUGCAUUGGCCAUGGAAAGACAGCAGCUUCUGGUUGCUUAUCCUUGUGCUUUAUUUUACGGCCUUUUUGCACUUUUAACUGUUUUCUGAAAUGUACUUUGUAGUAACCUUAUUAUAUUUUUGUCAUGUUUAUUUAUGUAUUUAUAGUCCUAGAAUUGCAUUAAGCUCCAUUAACAAAAUUAGAUUAUGUAUUUUACCUUUUAUUUGCUUAAUGGAUGAUAAUGAAAUAAAAACAGGAAGAUAACUUUACUAAUAA